UAUAAAAUUGAAUGAACAUCCCUGCCUAACAAAGAUAAAUGUUUUCCAGACAACCUAUGUCACCUCUGAAAAUGUUUCAGGUUAUUGUGUCCCUUCUGCUGCUUUCAGGUGUCCUGGGAGCACCAUUUCUCUCUGAAGAAACAGCAAAUCAGUUCAUAAGGCUUAAGAGACAAAUACCAUAUUCUCACAGCUAUUGGGACGCAAGCAGUAGCGAGAAUGCUUGGGGUUACACUGUGGCAGAACAGGCAAGUGAAUCAUGGACAGCAUUGAGAAACACAGCCCAAUACUACAUGGACUUGGGAUCUUUUGUCUUUGAUUCUGCAACUGCCCAGGACCAUAUUAGGUCUUAUAUGGAUAUGCUACAGCAAUCUGGGAUUUACCUCGAGCAGUAGACAAGAAAACAGAAUUAAAUUUUAGAAAUAACUGACAACUCAUUGCAGUGGUUUUCACUGUGGUCUGCAGACCCCUGGGGAUCUGCAGGCUAUAUUUAAGGAGUCUGCAAAAGAUGGCUACGAUCAAUAAAAAGUAUGUGAAUGCGCACACUUA